CGCGCUCUGUCGCCGGAGCGCGCGCUCGCAGUCACCGCCACCCACCAGCUCCGGCACCAGCAGCAUCGCCGCCGCCACCGCCCACCUUCUGCCGCCGCCGCCACAGCCACCUUCUCCUCCUCCGCUGUCCUCUCCCUUCCUCGCUCUCUGUCAACUAUCAGGUGAGCCUUGAACCAGGAUGGCUGAGCCCCGCCAGGAGUUCGACAUGAUGGAAGAUGAUGCUGGGACGUAUGGGCUGGGGGACAGGAGAGAUCAGGGGGACUAUCCCCUGCUCCAAGACCAGGAGGGUGACACGGACCACGGCCUGAAAGAAUCUUCCCUACAGACCCCUGCUGAUGAUGGAUCUGAGGAACCAGGCUCAGAAACCUCUGAUGCUAAGAGCACUCCGACGGCCGAAGAUGUGACGGCGCCCUUAGUGGAUGAGAGAGCCCCCAGCGAGCAGGCUGCCAGCCAGCCCCCCACAGAGAUACCAGAAGGAACCACAGCUGAAGAAGCAGGCAUUGGAGACACCCCCAACCUGGAAGACCAAGCUGCUGGACACGUGACUCAAGAGGAGUUGAGAGUUCCGGGCCAGCGGAGGGAGGUUCCUGAGAGGCCCCUGGCCACUGGGCUUAGCUCUCAAGUCCAGCCUGGACACAGCAGAGAUGCUUCUGGGGUCUCAGUGCCGCCUCUCGGGGAGAAACCACCAGAAGCUCCCGUCCCAGGGAUGGCUCACCUUCCUCAGCAUCCUCCCAUCUGCCCGGUGCCUGCUCCAACUGGAGGUCCUUGGGAAUCCCCCCAGGAGUGGGGACCAAAGCGUGGGGGCUGGGCCAUGGAGGGUCUGGCCUCUGCACAGCCCAUCUCCCCUGGAUACGUCCACGCCGAGACUGAGAGUUUCAAGACUGUUCAGGAAAGCUUCCUCAGGGAGCCAGGGCGUCGUGCAGGUGAGGCCUCAGCCCCAGAGAUCCUGGAUCUGAGCCACCAGUCCAUGAGCGACAUGCCUAAAGGCCCCAGAGAGGCCACACCUCAGCUUUUGGGGACAGGACCUGAGGACACAGAAGGAAGCCACCGCAGCUCUGAGCUGCUUAAGCACCAACUUUGGAGAGACCUGCACCAGGAGGGGCCACCUCUGAAGGGGCACCAGGGCAAAGAGAGCCUGGGGGGAAAAGAAGAGGUUGACGAAGACCGCGACAUCGAUGAGUCCUCACCCCAAGACUCCCCUGCCUCCCAGAUCUCCCCAGCCCGAGGCGGGCCUGCCCCCCAGACAGUCUCCAGAGAAGCCACUGGCAUCCCUGGCUUCCCAGCUGAGGGUGCCAUCCCCCUCCCUGUCGAUUUCCUCUCCAAAGUUUCUGCAGAGACCCAGGCCUCGGAGUGCCACGGGCCCCGCUCAGGGCCGCCGCUGGAAGGACAGGGUGCUGUCCCUGAGUUCACAUUCCACGUGGAGAUCAAAGCCAACGUGCAGAAGGAGCGGGCACAUUCGGAGGUGGAUUUGCCAGGGGCUGCGCCGCUGGGGGCCCCUGGAGAGGAGCAGGAGGCCCAGGGCCCCUUGGUGGGAGAGGACACAAAAGAGGCUGACCUUCCAGAACCAUCUGAGAAGCAGCCUGCGGCUGGUCUGCAGGGGAGAACCAUCAGCCGAGUCCCUCAACUCAAAGCUCGCAUGGUCAGUAAAGGCAAAGAUGGGACUGGAAGCGAUGACAAAAAAACAAAGACAUCCACACCUUCCUCUGCUAAAACCCUGAAAAAUAGGCCUUGCCUUAGCCCCAAACGCCCCACUCCUGGUAGCUCAGACCCUUUGAUCAAACCCUCCAGCCCUGCCGUGUGCCCAGAGCCAUCCUCCUCUCCUAAACACGUCUCUUCUGUCACACCCCGAACUGGCAGUUCUGGAGCAAAGGAGAUGAAACUCAAGGGGGCUGGAACGAAGAUCGCCACACCCCGGGGAGCAGCCCCUCCAGGCCAGAAAGGCCAGGCCAAUGCCACCAGGAUUCCAGCAAAAACCACACCUUCCCCCAAGACACCACCCAGCACUGCUCCCAAGCAAGUGCAAAGAAAACCACCGCCUGCAGGGGCAAACUCUGGGAGAGGUGAGCCAGCAAAAUCAGGGGAUCGCAGCGGCUACAGCAGCCCCGGCUCCCCGGGCACUCCAGGCAGCCGUUCCCGCACCCCGUCCCUGCCAACCCCGCCCGCCCGGGAGCCCAAGAAGGUGGCAGUGGUCCGUACUCCACCCAAAUCGCCGUCUUCAGCCAAGAGCCGCCUGCAGACUGCCCCCGUGCCCAUGCCGGACCUGAAGAACGUCAGGUCCAAGGUCGGCUCCACCGAGAACCUGAAGCACCAGCCUGGAGGCGGGAAGGUGCAGAUAAUUAAUAAGAAGCUGGAUCUUAGCAACGUCCAGUCCAAGUGUGGCUCAAAGGACAAUAUCAAACACGUCCCGGGAGGCGGCAGUGUGCAGAUAGUCUACAAACCAGUGGACCUGAGCAAGGUGACCUCCAAGUGUGGCUCCUUAGGCAACAUCCAUCAUAAACCAGGAGGUGGCCAGGUGGAAGUAAAAUCUGAGAAGCUGGACUUCAAGGAUCGAGUCCAGUCGAAGAUCGGGUCCCUGGAUAACAUCACCCAUGUCCCUGGUGGAGGGAAUAAAAAGAUUGAAACCCACAAGCUGACCUUCCGCGAGAACGCCAAAGCCAAGACUGACCACGGGGCGGAAAUUGUGUACAAGUCGCCCGUGGUGUCCGGGGACACGUCUCCACGGCACCUCAGCAACGUGUCGUCCACCGGCAGCAUCGACAUGGUAGACUCGCCGCAGCUGGCCACGCUCGCCGACGAGGUGUCCGCCUCCCUGGCCAAGCAGGGUUUGUGAUCAGGCCUGCGGGGCGGUCAGUAGUCGCGGAGAAGCGAGAGUGAGAGAGUGUGGGAGAAAAGAGUCACGCCCCGGCCCUCCGCCCUCCGCCCUCCGCCCUCCGCCCUCCGCCCUUCGCCCUCCCCCAGCUGCUCCGCACAGAUCGGUCGUUCAGGUCACCCCGGACCUGCUUAGGCUCGGCACUUCGAAAUCAGUGAUGGGGACAGGAGCAAAUUGCAGCUUUCCAAAUUGAUGGGUGGGCUAAUAAUAAAAUAUUUUUAAAAAACAUUUAAAAACAUGGCCACACCCAACAUUUCCUCGGGCAAUUCCAUUUGAUUCUUUUUUUUGUCGCCCCCUCCGGGUGGAAGAGGGAAGAGAGGCUCUAAAGCCACCUGUGGGGAACUUCAAGGGACUGGGGACGCCUCCGCCUCCUGGCGGUAUCAGACGCAGUGGCAGCAACAAAGGAUCUGAGACUUGGUGUGUUUGUGGAGCCACAGGCAGAUGAGGUCACCCUUGUGUGAGUGUAGUGAG